AUGCCUGCGCCCGCCCGACCUGCUCCCUCCCCAGUCGUCCUCCUGGUAUACCCAGUGACAUUACUACUGGGAUCUCUAUUCUCAGUCAUUUCACCCGUCGCUCGAUCAACGAGGAGCUCCUCACACGACCCCGCUGCACCUUUAGCACCUUCCCUCGCCGCCGACCUCCACCUCUCCGAGAGUCCGGUCAACUACUUCGCGCGCAAGAGUAACAUCUUCAAUCUCUACUUCGUCAAGGUCGGCUGGAUAUGGCUGACUGUCGCCUUUGCAUCCCUGGUCCUCUUCCAACCCGCAUACAACCUUUCUUCUGCUUCGCACGCACAACAAGAAAUCCGCUUCCGCCGCUCCAUCCAAGCUUUCCUCCGCUGGUGCCUUGCAACAAUUGUAUGGUAUCUGACGACGCAAUGGUUCUUUGGCCCAGCUAUUAUUGAUCGCAGCUUCAUGAUCACGGGUGGAAAAUGUGGACAGGCCUUGGACCUGGUGGCAAAGGCCAACUCGGAAAGCUCGUCCGUUCAGCUGGAAACGGUUUUUACGGCCGCUGCCUGCAAAGCUGCCGGUGGUGCUUGGAAGGGAGGACACGAUAUCAGUGGACACGUGUUUAUGCUAGUCCUGGUUACAGCACUUCUCGUUUUCGAGGCGGUCGGCGCUGGUGCCGUUGCUGCGUCUCCCAGCGCCGCACCUGAGAGCGCGGGUCGCGAGCGCAAGGCCAGUGAUCCUAAUGCACUCCCAAACGGUGACCAGGAUGCCAGCUUUGGAACUGGGAGGACUUGGUCGAUGCGCCUGGUCUGGGGAGUGGUGGUUCUGGGUUGGUGGAUGCUCUUCAUGACGGCUAUUUGGUUCCACACAUGGCUAGAAAAGUGGUCCGGUUUGGCCAUCGCUCUGAGCACGAUAUACGUCAUUUACAUUCUCCCGAGGAGACUUCCGCCGUGGAAGGAUAUCGUUGGCCUUCCGGGGGGUAUAGACGUGCGUACAUCAGCCUUUUUCUCUCUCUGUGAACAUAUUCUCCGAUAG